AUGGCAGAAGGCUACAUCCCAGUAGAUGACGAUGAAGAUGACGGGGACGCGAUACGACGCGAUGAAUGUGCCAGCACAGCUGCCAGAUCGUCUUUGCUUGAUAGAACAGCGUUCGAUCCAGAGAGCAGUGGUACGAUUGUGAACCAAGAUACAUCGUCGUUCGACUCGCUGCAAGACCAUCAUCCAAAACAGUCUGUACCCUGGUAUCUGAUUUUAAGAAACGAGUUCCAGGAGCUCCAAGGAUGGGCUUCGAUGUGGCUAGCAUACCAGUCCAUCGGUGCAAUUUAUGGGGAUAUAGGGACCAGUCCUCUCUAUGUCUUCUCAGCAGUGUUCACCACCCCCCCAGAGUCAAUCGACUUACUGGGGGCUUUGUCACUAAUAAUUUGGGCACUAAUACUUAUUGCCACUGUUAAGUAUGUGGGCAUUGUCCUAUGCGCCAAUAACGACGGCGAGGGCGGUUCCUUUGCACUCCUUUCUCUGAUUCGACGCCAUAUCCCACUAGAUUGGCGCGAUUCAAUAUCAGAUCACAGUGACCUACAGACUUACAAGGAAAAGGAGCUCAAGGGCCCAAAUUCAUUUGUAAGAAAUGCAAUACAACAAAGCCAUGUGGCCAAACGUGCGGUUACUAUUUUGGCUGUGUUGGGUGUUUGUAUGGUUAUUUCUGAUGGCGUUAUUACUCCUGCACAGUCAAUCCUGGGAGCCGUUCAGGGAAUCAAGAUUGCCGCUCCCGAUAUGUCAACAAACGUCGUGGUAGUGGUAACUUGCAUUCUAAUAGUCGUUUUAUUUACUAUACAGCCAUUCGGAACCUCACGACUCAGCAACUUUUUUGCUCCGAUCGUAAUGGUUUGGUUAAUAUUCAACAUGUCUUUUGGAAUUUAUAAUUUGGUUUUUUUCGAUCAUAGCGUUCUCCAGGCAUUUUCUCCUCGUCUUGCAGUUGAUUACAUGAUUAGACAUCGCUUCAAUGGCUGGCGUUCACUUGGCGGGAUUCUCUUAUCAUUUACUGGGGUUGAAGCAUUGUUUGCCGAUCUUGGCGCGUUCUCAGUGAAGCAAGCGGCUUUCAUAAGUGGUCACCCAGAUGCGAUUGUAAACCCAUUGUUUAAGGCUGUCCCUCCAGGAAUGUACUGGCCAACACUGAUUUUAUCAAUAUUGGCAUCUAUCGUAGCAUCGCAGGCUAUGCUCACUGGGACGUUUCAGCUUAUCUCACAAGCCAUCCGUAUGGCAUAUCUACCCCGGAUUAGACGUGUUCACACUUCAAAACGUGUUACCAGCCAGAUAUAUAUUCCACUGGCCAACUGGUUGAUGAUGCUUGGCUCAUUGGCUGUCACUUCAGUAUUUAAAACUACUACUCGGAUUGGCAAUGUCUAUGGUGUAUGCGUGGUCGGGGUCAGCUUUAUCACCACUUGGCUCGUCACCCUGGUGGCUGUUAUUAUUUGGAAUCUCCACAUUUUAAUAGUCCUUCCCGUAUUCCUUUUUAUUGGCUUCUUUGAUGUUCUAUUUGUUGGUGCGGCUCUUGCUAAAGUGCCAGCAGGCGGUUGGUUCACGGUCAUUAUGGCAUCUAUUCUCACAAGCACCUUGCUCAUGUGGAGCUAUGGUGAAGGGUGCCAGUUCCAUGCAGAGCGAGAUGAGAGCGCCUCCCAGUCAACGAUAUUUACCUCCCACGAUCAAUUAUGGCUUCGAGAUGGAAAAGCAGAAUAUUCAGUCAAAACUAUCAGAGGCAUUGGCGUAUUCCUUAUUGAGCCCAAUUCGAGAUCACCCCCUGUUUUUGAUCAUUUCAUCAAAAAGUUCGAAGCAACACACGAAAUUUCUAUUCUUCUUCAAAUUAGACCCCUUAUGAAGUACUCAGUUGCUGUUAAAGAUCGGUUCACGCUGACCGCUACUAAUGUUACCGGGUUAUAUCGCGCAACACUUCGAUACGGCUAUGGAGACACGCCAUCUUGGGAUUCUUUCGAGGAAAUGCUGACAGAUGAGCUCGGAAUUCGCUGUCCCACUGAAGAAGUUGAUUCUUCUCGUCACACCCACCCUAAUACAAGUAUUGAUUCGGAUUCAAUCCCGCUAACGGGUUCAACCGGCCAUGCAGUCACUAAACCCAUCACUUACGUUAUCGGGCGUGACAAGCUUUAUGUACGAAAGAACUCUGGGCUAAUUCGAAGGGUUAUCCUGGCCAUAUUUACAUAUCUGAAGGGCCAUGAGAAAACAAAAUUGUCUAGGCUGAACGUCCCAGUCGAUCGGCUUGUAGAGGUUAGUUUUUCCAAAGCGAUAUAG